AAGCAAGUGGCAAAGGCUACUCAGGAGCUUGGAAGCUGCUGGCAUCGGAGGCGCCUCAGGUCGAAGCACUGACAAGAACCAUGAGCGAUAACACUGUUUCUGCUGACUGCUUUGCAGGGACAGAUCUGAAGGUCACUGGGAUUGACUUUCUCAAGAGCCAGAACGGCCCCCUGCACCACACGGAUGCAUACAGCAUCCAGAACCUGGCGGUGCGGCGCGGGUAGGCCUUCCAGCUGCAGCUCAGCUUCAGCAGGGAGCCGAAGGCCUCCGACAAGCUGGCACUGCGUUUCGGAAUCGGCCAAAACCCAAUGAAAACCAGGGGGACCCUGCUGUCGCUGAAACCAAGCGGGGAGCCGGAUCUCAGCGGGUGGCAAGUCUCCAUUGUCAAGAAAAGCGGCACAGAGUGCCUGCUGUCUGUCACCAGCUCGCCCAGAGCGCCGGUGGGAAUGUACACCCUGAACGUGAAGACCAGGAGAAACAUUUACAAGCCCGAAAAUGGUGCUAUCUACCUCUUGUUCAACCCUUGGUGCGAAGGUGAUGUCGUCUUCCUGGCUGAUGAGGCACAGAGAAAGGAGUAUGUGCUCAAUGACACAGGCUACAUCUACGUAGGGUCUGCAUACAGCAUAUACAAUAGACCCUGGAAUUUCGGGCAGUUUGAGGAAUUCAUCUUGGAAACCUGCAUGUAUCUGCUGGACAAAAGCAAACUCAAGCUGAGCAAUAGAAGGGAUCCUGUGUUUGUGUCCAGAGCCAUGUCUGCUUUGGUUAAUGCCAACGAUGACAGCGGUGUCCUGCUGGGGAACUGGUCAGGGAAUUACAGCAAUGGGACCCCCCCUAUGGAUUGGACAGGGAGUGUCAAAAUUUUGCAGCAGUAUUACAAAACGAAGAAGCCAGUUUGUUAUGGUCAAUGUUGGGUCUUCGCAGGAGUCCUCACUGCAGUCAUGCGCUGCUUGGGGAUCCCAUGCCGCUGCGUGAGUAACUUCAACUCGGCUCACGAUACGGACGAUAACCUGACAGUUGACACUUACGUGAACGAAAACGGAGACAAGCUGAGCUCAAUGUCCUUCGACUCUGUCUGGAACUUCCAUGUGUGGAACGAUGUCUGGAUGAAGCGGACAGACCUGCCGGCUGGUUUUGAUGGCUGGCAGGCAAUCGAUUCAACACCCCAGGAGCAAAGUCAAGGUAUUUUCCAGUGUGGUCCAUGCCCGGUGAAGGCUGUCCGAGAAGGGGAUGUGUAUUUGCCCUUCGACAGCAAGUUUGUGUAUGCCGAAGUGAAUGCUGACAAAGUGUACUGGCUCGUCAGGAAGGUGAAUGGCAAGAAUAAGUUCACGGAGACCCAAAACAUCGGCAUUAACAUAAGCACAAAAGCCGUGGGGCAGGACAAGCGCGAGGACAUCACUGCGGAGUACAAGUUCCCUGAAG